AUGCUCAGUGCAAGUAUUUCUAGAGAUUUCACUACUGCUUCACUGGUUUGCAAUCUUGGAUAUACUUUGCAAAGUAUGGCAUGUGGAUUUUUUGUGAAUGCACCAACCAUGCCGGUAUACGUGAGGUGGACACGAUGGAUUGCCUAUGUAUAUUAUGCCUUUGGUACCGUAGUCUCGAAUCAAUUCAAUGGCUUCCUUGGCGACUGCCCUUAUGAUUUAGCAGACGACAGAUGUGACCCAUACACAGGGGAGUAUAUAUUACAGACUUUGGGUUUUCCCAAAAAUUGGAUUCUGGUGCCCAUGAUGGUUAAUAUUGGCUGGGCUGUGGGCUUCCAUAUCUUGGCAUAUCUAUUACUGAAAUAUGUCAGGGUUUCUGUGGCGGUUUCAAAAACCUUUACUGUCAAGAAAAUUGAGGAGGUUGCUGCUGUACCAUCAACUCGGUCAGACUCUGCCAGGUCAGAAAUUACCGUAACCUUAAAUGACAUCCGACUCUCUGUUAUUCGCCGACAACGACUUGGAUUGACUACAAGGGAGAUCGAAAUUCUACGCGGUAUCUCAGCCACUUUUGUACCCGGAUCGAUUAACGCUAUCCUGGGUCCCAGUGGAUCUGGCAAGAGUUCACUUUUAAAUUUUAUGGCCGAUAGACUUCAUUCCAGUUUUAAUCAGAAGUAUAUGUCUACAGGAGAUAUUAUUUUCAAUGAUAAGCUGCCCUCACGUUCUCUGGUAAGAUCUCUUUGUUCGUAUGUGACACAAGAAGAUGACGGCCUUUUGCCCUCACUAACGGUACGUGAAACCUUGUAUUAUGCCGCUGACUUGAGAUUGCCUAAAACCAUGUCUAAGCAAGAAAAAAGAGCUCGAGCAAAUGAGAUUAUUAUGAAAAUGGGCUUGAAAGACUGUGCCGAUACGUUAAUUGGCGGCGAAUUUGUUAAGGGAAUCUCUGGUGGUGAAAAACGUAGAGUGACCAUCAGUAUCCAGCUCUUGAACGAUCCUAAGAUUCUGCUAUUAGAUGAACCCACAUCAGGUCUAGAUAGUUUUAUUGCUUCUUCUAUUUUACAAGUGUUAAAAGCACUUGCAGAGGAGGGUAGAACAAUUAUUUGUACUAUUCAUCAGCCACGUUCUGACCUGUUCGCUCAAUUCGGAAAUAUCCUGCUGUUGGCAAAAGGUGGAAGGGUAGCAUACAAUGGUCAGUCAACUCAGAUGCUGGAUUACUUUGCAUCUUUGAACCACCCUUGUCCUCCUCUGACCAACCCGGCUGACUUUGUUCUUGAUCUAGUAUCUGUGAAUCUGCAGUCAGAGGAAAAGGAGUCUAUAUCAAGGCUCAAAGUUACCAAGUUAUUAGAUCAUUGGCAGAAUGUGGAAGAUCCUGCACUUGAACGGCCCUUAGUUGAUGCACACCUUGGUUUGGCAGCAGCUGAAGCUGAAUUCAGCAGCCAAGUUAGAGAGCCCUCCAAAUUUCUCCCUGCUUACCAGACCUUACUUCGAAGAUCUACACUCAAUUUCUCUCGUAGUCCCCAUAUGAUUGUUGCAAGAAUCAUGCAGGUGGCAGGUAUCGGUAUUAUUUUUGCACUUUUUUUCUCGCCUCUCAAAGAUGAUAUGAUUGGAGUAACAAAUAGACUAGGUUUGGUCCAAGAGAUUACUGCGCUCUAUUUUGUUGGAAUGUUAAACAAUAUGGCAAUUUAUCCAUAUGACCGGUCUGUGUUCUAUCGUGAACAUGAUGAUAAUGUCUAUGGGGUCCUGCCAUUUUUCCUGGUAUACCUCACUCUUGAGCUUCCAUUCGAAUGUAUUACGUCACUAAUUUUUGCUGUUUUCUUGGUUCUUGUCCCAGGUCUUCCACGUACUCCAGAGCUCUUUUUCGCUUGUGCAUACUGUGCUCUGGCGAUUGUCAACUGUGGUGAGUCAAUUGGAAUUGCCUUUAAUACUUUGUUUUUGCACGAGGGAUUUGCAGUUAAUCUGAUUUCAGUGGUAUUAUCUAUCGGCUGUUUGAUGGCUGGUAUUAUGUCCUUGGAAAUGCCUGGGUUCUUGAAAGGAGUGAACUGGCUGUCCCCACUUAAAUAUGCUGUUUCAGUUAUGAUUAAUAUGAGCUUCGACGGCCAAACCUUUAACUGUGUUGGUCAGGCAAUUGAUGCCGACGGAGGUUGCGAGUUCGACAGUGGGGCAAAAGUCUUGGAAAAUUACGGAUUGAAGGCUAAUGUUCCUGCUUAUCUUGGAGGAAUUGCCGUGGCUGCUGUUGUGUAUCGUGUCCUAGCACUCGUUGUCCUCAAAAUCAACCGUCUUAAGCUUGGCAUAAAAACAUUGUCUAGAAAUAGUCGUUAA